UUUCCUCAUUCUCUCAUCACAGUAAAAACCCUGAAUUCCUCUUCUUGUGCAACUGAUGAGGUGAAGACGACGAAGGAGAAGAAACCUCAAACUCGUAUCUCCUCACCGAAUUCUUCAAUUGUAAAGGAAAGAAGUAUAUUCAACUGAAAAGGUUGAGGCACCGUAGCAGAAGAUAUGGUUGACGCAUGGUGGUCCCUGUUAGGUGCCGCAAUUCCAGCCAUUGUUGCAGGACAAGCUUUGAGAGUGAAAAGACGGCAUGCUGAAGAGCAGAGAAUUAAAAGUGCUCGUGGAAGAGAAAAGAGCUCCGAUGACAUCUUUGUCUGUGAGAGAGUUUGUACGUCAAAGAGAAUGUUAAAGAGGGUUGGUGCAUUUUCCAAAGACCCAACUCCUGACACUUGUGUUACUGUCUGUGGUGUGUCUGAGCUCGAUGCUUGCUCUGAUGCGUGUGCUCGCACAGUCUGCGUUAAUCAACACCAAGUGCCCAACUGGAACGAUAUUUGCCUCCGGAGAUGUCAGAGUGAAUGCCUUAAACUCAGUACUUCUCAUCGUUCUUAAUGCUUGGUAUAUUCUCAUUUGCUUGACAAUUUUUUGCAUGCACCACCCAGUUUUUAGAUCUUGAACUGCGUAGCAUACUUGCUUCUAAUAUAUUAUAAGAUGAAAUCUUGGCAUGAUCUUUUGCAAGCAAUCAUUUUGGUUUAUCCUUGCCUGUAACACUUUCCAUUGUAGAUAGUCGAUGUUUCCUUGCUUUUUUCGUGA